UCGAUUUCCGUCAGUAUAAAGACUGUGAUGCCAGGGAGGAGAAGACAUAAGCCAACAUCCAUUUAUCAAAGAUAGCAACGGAAAUCUACUCAAUUUGAGACGAUAUUAACGUGCCGAGAUUCCAGAUAAAUAAAUACAAUGAAAGUAUAUAUCGUAGCACUCGCGGUUACAUUGGCUGCAGUUUUAGUCAGCGCAAGACCCCAACAACAAGAUGCACCAGAACCGUACGAUUUUCAAUACAAAGUGGAAGAUCCGCCAAUUCAACUAUCAUUUGGAGCCAAUGAAGCAGGAGAUGCAUCAGGAAAGGUGACCGGCAGCUACUACGUUUUACUCCCCGAUGGAAGAGUGAUGACCGUCGACUACGUUGUAGAUGGCGAAAGCGGUUUUCAACCGAAAAUUUCUUUCAACAAAUAGAUCAAGCUGACAAAGGAAUCGAAUCACGUAAACUUCAUUAACAACAUCAUUUCAUAGCUAAAAAUUUAAACAACGAAACAUAUAUACUCAUGAAUUACUGCCUAUAUUAUUGUUUAUACUGCCUAAUAAACAAUUUGUGAUUAAUACUAAUUAAUUUACUACUGCUAAACAAAAGAAAUAUAUGACGAAGCUGUGAAACGCAAUAAAAUUUUGUAAAUAUUUUGCAGAUUCAUUUAAACUAACAAU